UUAAAGAUACUCAUGAAAACUGAGGCAAGAAUCCCUUUUUAAAUAUGUUGUUCCGAUUUAUCCCAUGCAUCCUGGCUUUGCUGCUGCUAUGCAAAGGUUUCUACGCGGCGGAUUGUUCGCUCAUUGGCCCCGCGUUUCCCGCACCUCGAAGCCUUUCCCGUUCAUUGACCUGGAAGAGAGCAUUGGACGAUUUUGAAUCCAACCUCAAAGGGCUUCUUCACCAGUCAGCUGACUUGGAUGCCAGCACUACGUCGUUUUCAAUCAAUAUCUUCUCUAGUCACGAGGAGAAGCUUCUAUACGAGUACCAUCACGAUGCCCCCGGGCUUAAGGGCUCAAUUGCUGAGGGUCAAAAACUUAAUGGUGACACAAUGUACCGGAUUGCCAGUAUCUCAAAGGCUAUGACUCUUACUACAACGCUCGUCUAA